AUGCCUCCCUCCUCCCCUCCCUCCUCCCGUCGACGCAUUCUCCUUCUUACCUUCGACGCCUUCAACACCAUUUACCGACCCCGCGCCCCAGUCUUCGACCUCUACAUCCAAGCCGCCCAAUCGCGCAAACUCCCCCACGCGGAACACCUCACAUCUGUGACCCUCGGCGCGGCGUUCAAAUCGACAUUUAAAUCACAAACAAAGGCAUACCCGAAUUAUGGUCGAGAGCUCGCGAUUCGCGGCGAAUACGGCGGCGCAAGACAGUGGUGGGAGGAGAUUGUGAGGGGGACGUUUACAAAGGCAUUAAGUGAUGCGAGGCCAGGUGCCCACGGCGCGGAGACGAAUGCAAUCGCAGGUGGAAAUACAAGCGCCGGGGAAAUCCAGAUACCGGAGGACUUUGUUGAAAAGCUUCAGACAUUAUUUGCUAGUCGAGAAGGAUACGCAUUUUAUCCCGGGGCGGAGAAGCUGUUUGAAUGUCUCCGGCGCGUGAAAAGACAGGGGACCGGGCCGGGUCCGUUCGAUCGAGUCAUCGUGGGCGUGGUUUCGAAUUCGGAUGAUCGUGUUCCUGCUGUGUUGAAGUCUUUGGGCCUACGGGUGGGGAAUGUCAGGGCUGAUGAGGAUAUCGAGAGCAUGCGGCUGCCAGGGUAUGAGGAGCGAGGAGAUUAUAAAGAGCAAAACGAAGUUGAAGAGGGAUCAUCGGGUCAAGAGGAUGUUGAUUUCGUGGUGACGAGCUACGAGGCGGGGGUUGAGAAACCCGGUCGGAAGAUCUUUGAUAUCGCCAGACGACAAGCCGAGAGGAUUGUGGGGCAGGAAGAGGGACUGGACUGGACCAUGGUGCAUGUGGGCGAUGAUCUAGAGAAGGAUUAUCGGGGGUGUCUGGAUGCCGGGUGGCGGGGAUAUCUUGGAUUGGACGGGCGUAGUCUGGAUGAAUUGGAGGGGGUAUCGGGUACAGACGUGUUUGAGAGUUUAGAUGAGCUGGAGGGCAGUCCGCCAGUCUCUCGCACUCUCGGCAUCCUCAGUCGCCCUCUCAGCUCUCCUGGAAUGUCCCGUCCCUAUCGCUCUAAACGCCAUCGUCCCUGCGACCAAUGCCGCGAGCGAAAGCUUGGCUGCCAGACCGACGACGGGUUGCCCUGCAUUCGCUGCCGCUCCGCCGAUCUCGCCUGUACUUUCGAGCAUCCGCCGCCCAAACGGCCGCGACGAGAGUCCUCGCAGUCCUCGUGGAUGUGGGAGGAUGUGACCCCUGACCAUCUUCCCCAGCCCACGCAGACGCUUGAUCAAUCGCAAUCGCACCAGCAGCAACAGCAGCAACCACCACCCAUCGGCCAGACCUUUAGCCUGGAUGACCUCCCGGUGGACGGUGUCUCCCCGGCAGUCUCCGGCCAACUCGUCUUCGGCCGAUCACCCACGCAGUUCGUGCAAUCGCUCGACCAACUUCAGGGAUUCUCAGCUCAGCUAUUCGGGGCCUCUGCAGAGUCAGAUCCCUGGCUCCUACGUCAUUGCUCGUUCGAUGAUGCUGGCGUGAAAUGUUUCUACAAGGUGCAUUUCCGGAAUGCCGGCGGCGUGCCCACCGCCGAUAAGAUCCCCGUGCACUUCAUGAUCGCCGCCGACGAGUUGGCCGACGCGGCCAAACGCGAGACCUCUUGUCGACUGCCGGCCGAGGGCACCACAAGUUCGUCUGCCGCUUCUUCACGCGACGAACUCAACCGGCUCGUGCCCCCAGAAUACGGCCCCCGACUAGUUGCCCUGUUCGUCAAGUAUGUGUUCCCGGCGUUGCCGCUGCUGUCGCGCUCGCACAUGGGCCUCACGCCGACCUGCUGGACGCCUCAGCCCUGGGUCCUCGAACGCACGCCCGUGCAUCUCUUGGCGGCAAUCUACGCUUCGGCCCUGCCCUUCGCCGUCCAUGAUGACUAUCUCUGUGUGCUGCAGACCUACAGCGCGCCGCCGGCGCAUCGUCUCUGGCGGCUGGUCUACGAGCUCGUCGCCGAGGAGAUCCACACGCCGCACCUAGCCGUCCUCCAGGCCGCCAUCCUUUACCUGCAUCGGCCCCUGGACGAUGCCCAAGCCAGCCGGGCCGACACGCCAUUUGUCUGGUCCUGGGUCGGGAGUAUCGUUGGUCUGGCUGAAUCGCUCGGCCUGCACAUCGAAUGCCGCAUGUGGGGGAUUCCUGCCUGGGAAAAACGUCUUCGGCGACGACUCUGGUGGGCCGUCUACGCCGAGGACAAAUGGCGCAGCUUGCUGCUCGGUCGUCCCCCGUAUAUCCAUGCCGGCGAAUGGGACGUCGCCGAGCUCGACGAUACGGAUUUCCUGUAUCAUGCGCGAGGUGCGGCGUCGGCAGGAUCGGCGGGCGUGUCAGGAGCGUUGGAUCCGGUCCCGUUUCGUUAUCUGGUGGAUUUGUCGGCCAUCGCGGAGCAGAUCUAUCGCUCGUUCUACACUCUGCGCAAAUCACAGUACCUCUCGGAGCGAUUUCACGCAUCUCAUGACAUCGGCCGUCCACUUCUCGAACGGCUCAAUGCCUGGUAUUCCUCCCUCCCCGAAAGCUUCCGUCUGCCGAAUUGGAGCAAAUCCGUCAGCGGGCUAGCGCCAUAUCCAACCUCCAUUCAUUUCGCCUACAUGAUCCUGGUGCUGUUUGUUUACCGCGCCUUAUUAAGACCGAUGGCGAGGUCAUCCAGUCCGCCACUGAUCUUCGAUCUGGAGGAGAUGCCGACGAAUCCGGAUCCGGUCCCCGGGACAAACCCGGAGCUUGAUGCGUCGGCGGACGUCAAUGGGGAUGGGGUGGUUGGCAACGGGGACGAGAAUCCGCCGCUGCUCGAUUGUUUCGAUAUGCCGGAGAUCGAAUCCUUCCCGGCGGUCGACCUGACAGAUCAUGGCACCGGCGAGACGAUCUUGAACGCGGCGGAGAGAUGCGCUUCCAUCAUGUUUCACAUCGCCCUCCGCCCGUUUCGACAACAAGAAACUAAUAAGCAACAAGGGUCCCGCAUUUCCUUCGCCACCGUCUCGAAUUUCCUCCUUCUUCUCCUCAUUCAAGCCCCCAACGCCGAUCGCGCGUUGAAAGGUAAACAGCUCGUCGAAUCCUGGCUACGCGUGCUGCGCUGUCAAAGCCAGAGCUUCCCCAUGAUGAAACUGGGCCUGACUCGGCUUGAUGCCGUGCAUUGGGUGGGUCUGGAACAGACCUUCGUCCUGCCGGGUCAUGUGGCCGAAGUGGUGAAGAGCAGUAGUAACACUGGGUCGGCGGCGGGAAGUUAA